AUGGCACCGCUCGAUGAUACCACACCAGCGACCCGCUUCGACAGCUUUGACAUUUAUCACACGUCGUAUAAAAAGAUCGGCAACCAUGAAAUCCGUGCGGGUAUCUUAGUCCCCAAGACCCUCAGCCCAGGAAAACAUCCUAUACUCGUCAAAUUUCACGGCGGCGGUCUGGUAACAGGGGAUUGUUUGUAUCGGGACUGGAUAGCCGCCUUCUUCAUCCCCUUUCUCCAUCGCACAGGCGCUAUCACGAUUCUUCCAAACUACCGUCUCAUCCCGGAGCACACGGGCGCCGACAUUGUCGACGAUCUCACUGACUUCUGGGCGUGGUUUAACGGCGGUGGCUUACACUCCUUCCUCAGCUCCCAGAAUGUCGCUUUCCAGCUUGACUACGACCGGGUUCUGGUAUCUGGAGAUUCAGCUGGAGGCUAUAUGGCGUUGAUGAGUGGCUUGAUGCAACCAAAGGGCACGAUCAAGGCGAUCUUGGCGCAGUAUCCGAUGACUUAUUAUCUGAGGCGUGAUCCAACAAACACGUCGGAUGCGCAACCAUCUCCAUCGCCGACUAUAGUCGAUGAUCACAUCUCCACUAUUACUCCUGGCACGGUCUUCUCGUCGGCAAUGCCACCAGUACGCAUGCCGUUAUCCGAAGCGCUCUCCGUACAGGGACGGUAUCUCGAGUUCUUUGGCGACAAUAAAAAAUUGUGGCCGCUGUAUCUUGUUGAGGAGAAGAAGUACUUGCCACCGACGUGGAUUGUGCAUGGGGAUGCGGAUACGGCGGUUAGUAUCGAGGAUAGUAAAGCCUUUGCGGUGAAAUGUAAGAACUUGGAAGGUGUUGAGGUGCGACUAGAGGUUCGAUCUGGCCAGGAUCAUGGGUUUGAUAUUGCGCUGAAGGAAGAUGAAGAGGAGUGGUUGAAGGAGGGGCUGACAUGGGUUGAAGAGAAGUGGUUGGAUUGA